AUGGCGUCCGACGGGACCCCCAGCGAGUAUAUCAACCUCAUCAUCACCAGGCCCGAGACCUAUGUCUUUACAGCCUUUGCCAGCGUCACUCUCUGCUAUUCCAUCGAGCUGAUUGUCCUCACCCUCGCCACCUUCAAGCGCUAUGGCGGCGUCUACUUCUGGAGCCUGCUCGUCACCUCGUGCAGUCUCAUCGUCAAUACAAUCGGCUACCUCCUGUUCUUCUUCACCAAAGUCUCGCCCUAUCUCGCCGUCACGGUCAUCAUUAUCGGCUGGUGCUGCAUGAUAACGGGCCACUCGGUCGUCCUCUGGUCGCGUCUGCAUCUCGUCCUGCAGAAUUCGCGACUCCUCCGCGCGAUCCUAUACCUCAUCAUCUUCAAUGCGGUCACGAUGCAUACCACAACAAUUGUCCUUAUGUACGGCUCCGUCUCCACAGACACUCGCUCCACCUUCGAAAACGGAUACUAUGUUAUCGAACGCAUCCAGCUCGUCGUCUUUUGCCUGCAGGAACUGCUUUUGUCGGGUCUAUACAUUUUCGAAACGAGUCGACUCCUCCGCCUCCGCCCGCGCCGCGCACACAAAGUCAUCCUGCUCCAGCUCCUUGCGAUAAACGUGAUAAUCCUGUUCCUGGACCUCGUGAUCGUCAUCCUCCAGUUUGCAUCGCUGUAUGAGGUGCAGGUGCUGUUCAAGCCCGUGGCGUAUAGCAUCAAGGUGCGGCUGGAGUAUGCGAUCUUGGGGAAGCUCGUGCAGAUUGUGUCGAACGGUGAUGGUAUUCAGUCUGUGGCUGAUGUCGGGGGUGCCUCGCUGCCUACGAUGACGCCGAUGACGGAGACGGAGACGAUGCCGUCGUGGCCUGCUGUUGAGAGUACGGAUUCAAGCUGUAGAAGGGGAGAAGUGCAGGUUGCGGAGGGGGUUUGA